AUGGUGACCUUUGUCUAUGCAAAAUGCACUCAGCUAGAGAGCAGAGGGCUAUGGGAGGAGCACGGAAAUAUCCAGGUUAAUGAGUCCCCAUGGUUGGUGGUCGGUGACAUUAAUGCAAUUCGUUCGGAUUCUGAACGGCUUGGGGGCAACCCACGGUCAUUGUUGGCAAUGUCAGAAUUUAAUGGUUGUGUGGAUAUUUGUGGACUUGUGGAGAUGCGCUCUCAGAGCCGAAUAAUAUCAUGGUGUAAUGGUCAUGAGGGAUCCUCAAGAAGUUGGGCACGUCUAUAUAGAGCCUUGGUAAAUAUUAAUUUCUCUAAUACUUUUGGGUUGACUUUUAUGGAAUAUUUAACAAGGAAGUCGUCUGAUCAUUGCCCAAUGAUGGUGCAUUUGAGUUUACCGAGAUCGUCAUAUGGACCAUCUCCUUUUCACUUUCAAAAUAUGUGGUGCUUGCAUGAAUCUUUUUCAAAAUUUGUAGAGGAUGUUUGGGUGCAACCAGAAUGUAGUCAUGGUCUAUUGAGGCUGGCUGCUAAACUGAAAAAGCUUAAAGUUGCAUUGAAAAUGGGGAAUAGGAAUAGUUUUGGCAAGGUUGAUCUAACUAUCAAGGCACUGGAAGAAAAAAUGGAAUUUCUGGAUUUUCAACUUCAGGAAAUGCGUGAGCCAAAAGUGGAAGCAGAACUCCUAUUGACUAAGAUGGAAUUGGUUGAGUGGGAGGCAAGGGAAGAAAGUAGAUGGCCACAAAAAGCAAAGAGAAAAUGGCUUCAAGAAGGGGAGCAAAAUUCCGGGUUCUUUCAUGCUUCAGUUAACCAAAGAUGGAAGGCCACUUUUGUCUUGUCCAUGCAUCUUGCGGAUGGGAAAACGUUAGCAACGCCGGAGGAGAUUCACCAAGGGGCUCUAGACCACUUUAGAACUUUUUUAACCUUGAGGUUGAAUGUGCAACAGGUGGAUUUAAUAGAUUUAGUCCAACCUUUAAUUUCUGAAGAGGACAAUAGAUGGCUUUGUGAUGCCCCUUCGGUUGAGGAGGUUCGAGAAGCAGUGUUUUCUAUUCCAAAACACAGUUUGCCUGGUCCGGAUGGCUUCGGAUCAGGUUUCUAUAUGGCUUGUUGGGAGAUAUUGAAGGAUGACGUGGUGGAAGCGACGAGAGAAUUUUUUAAUGGGGCUUCUUUGCCGAGGUUUUAUUCCUCUUCUUACAUUGUUUUGAUACCAUAA